AUAUUGCAAAUAUUACAAUGCAGGCAGGAAACAAAAAAAUAUUGAUUGUAUUAUGUUUAAUGGAUUGUUUUUUUACUGUAAUUUAUUUGCAAAAGCUUUUAUUCAUUCAAUUGUUUUCUUCCGUUUAAGAUGGAUUCAAGUGUUUUGUUUUGUGGGUUAUAUACAUUUAAAUAAAUUACGCCGAAUGCUCCAAUGAUCCUUGUUUUCUAAUUGGUACUAAUAGUGUGUUCUUUUUGAUUAGACACCACUUGCGCUACGUUUUAAUGACUCUAGGCUCAGAAAGAAAGAGUCAGAACUAAAUUGUGCUUACACACGAUGCUAGUCAGUCACACUCUUACAUCACAGAGUGGUGCGCUUCACAAGCUGACGUUUUGGGCAGUCUGACAAAUAUAAGCUGUUUUUAAACUACUGAGAAAGUUCUGGAAGGUACAUGAUGCUUUUUAUAGUGUGGAGACCUCUUAUAUGUCAUGAAAGCUUUAAUUUAAUAUUGCAAUGAGACAAAUACAUAGCUUUUAUUGAGUUAUUUAAUGAACUCAGGCCACUCAGGCUCAGUGGAAAAGCUCAUUUCUCCAUUUUGCCUCCCUCUACCGCCUGACUGCACGUAUGCACAUGCUUGCAUUCUCAAGUUUAGACAAAAGGGGGCGCCCUGUUGUGACAUUAAAGCGUAAGCUGAUGGUGAUAAAAAAGCGACGGUCUAUUAAAAACGAGAAAAGUAAAAUUAGAGUCAGAAAUAUUUAGCCACGAAAUAGGCCAAGCUACAUGAUGAGUUAAGCAAUACUGUUAGUUUGAGUGAUGAGGUGAGACCCGUUUAGGGUUAUUCCUGAGUUGAUAAGAACGGAUUUAUCAAGGCUAUUUAAAGAGGAGGAGGAGUUCACGCUCAGGCGGUAUAAAUUGAACGUCCCGAAAGACUUUGCCAUUUCAAAGACCGGCCGUCCUGUUGAGUUUUCCCCAAGCAUCAUGCCAGCCAAACCAGCACCUAUCAAAAAGUCAGCUAAGAAGGCUGCUCCGAAAGAGGAGAAGCCAGCAGAGCCGGCUCCCGCCCCGGUGCCCGAGGCUGCCCCCGCCGAGGAGCCUCCCGCCGAGGCGGCGCCGGUAGAAGCUCCCGCUGAAGCGGCUGUGGAGGAAACCGCUCCCGCUGCCGAGGCACCUGCUCCGGAAGGCCCUGCUGAGGAAGCUGCUCCCUCUACUGAUGCACCAGCUGAGGCUGCUCCUGUUCCUGCUGAAGCCGCUCCUGUAGAAGAGCCUCCUAAAGCACCAACACCACCUCCUCCAGCAGUGGUCACAAGCGCCCCUCAGAACCUCAGUGUGGAUGAUGUCAAUGAUACCUCAGUCACUCUGAAGUGGAGAUCCCCGGAGAACAUUGGCUCUGGGCUGGACGGAUAUACCGUGGAACACUGCAAGGAAGGAUCUUCUGAAUGGGUGGCUGCCAAUAAAGAGCUCAUCACGUCCAGCCGGUUUGUCAUCAGCGGCCUGACAACCGGAGACCUCCUUAACAUUCGUGUGGUGGCGGUGAAUGCCGGAGGCCGCAGCGAGCCCGUCGCUCUGGCACAGCCCGUCACCGUCCGGGAGGUUGUGGAUCGGCCCAAAAUCCGCCUGCCACGUGCCCUGAGAUCAAGAUACGUCAAGCAUGUUGGGGAACAGAUCAAUCUUGUCAUCCCGUUCAUUGGCAAACCUAAACCUGUGAUAUCAUGGACCAAGGAUGGCCAGCCUUUGGAUACGAAGAAGGUGAACAUCCGCAACAGCGACAAGGAUAGCAUUCUGUUCAUCCGCAAGUCUGAGAGAGAAGACUCCGGCAGCUAUGAGAUGACCUUGAAGGUCGACAGCUUCGAGGACAAGGCUAACCUCGUAAUUCAGAUCGUCGAUCUGCCCGGUCCUCCUGCCUCUGUCAAGCUAGUGGACUCUUGGGGUUUCAAUGCAGCUCUGGAAUGGACCGCUCCCAAAAACAACGGCAACACUGAGAUAACUGGAUACACUAUUCAGAAGGCCGACAAGAAAACUGGAGACUGGUUCACGGUUCUGGAGCACUUCCACAGGCUAAACGCUACAGUCUCUGACCUUGUGAUGGGAAAUACAUACACCUUCAGAGUUUUUGCAGAAAACAAGGUUGGAAGGAGUGAGAGUGCUGCUGUAACAAAAGAUGCUGCUUGUAUUCAGAAAACAGUCCCGGCUGAGGUUGUUGUCUCCUGUCCUGUAGGUAUUGUCUACAAACCACUGGAGUACAAGGAGCAUGAUUUCAGCGAGGCUCCCAAGUUCACAGCGCCUCUCAGCGACAGAGCUGCCACUGUGGGCUACACCACGAAACUACUGUGCGCCGUGCGAGGCAGUCCAAAGCCUAAGAUCGAGUGGCUGAAGAAUCAGAUGCUCAUAGGAGAUGAUCCCAAAUACAGGCAGAUCAACAACCAGGGAGUGUGCUCACUUGAAAUUCGCAAACCAUCCAGCUUUGACGGUGGCGUCUACACUUGCAGGGCCAAGAAUUCCCUUGGUGAGGCUACGGUUGCCUGUAAGCUAGAGGUCAGACAGGUGAUCAUCCCAGAUGAAAAAGACAGGAAAUAAAAUGUGCACAGAGAGCAGAGACCAGAACACAGCACAUCACUACGACUUCUCACAGAAACACCGCGCUGGACGACAUCUGACAUGUUUGGUUUCCAAGCACGAAAGACCGGUUUACAUGCAACACCUAAACCCUAGGAGCUGCAAGAAUAAAAAAAAAUGAGAAAAAAUGCAGUAUUAUACCCUUUUUUUGACUAAAGGGUAGAUGCACUAAAUUUCACAAAAUAUCUUAAAACCAUGUACAAUGUAAGUUAAAAAUGUAUUUUAAGUUACAUACAGUCGAGCCCAAAACAUGAAUUUUGAAGUUGUUAAAUGAGAAAGACUUGUAAAGUGCAUGUAAAACCCACAUCCUUGUGGUUGUUAAAGGAACAGCUCACCCAAAAAUGAAUUUGCUGAAUAUUUGCGUGCCUUCAGUCCAUUUAAGAUGUAGAUAAGUUUGUUUCUUCAUCAGCUUUGGAGAAAUGUAGCAUCACAUCACUUGCUUACCAGUGGAUGCUCUGCAGUGAAUGGGUGCCGUCAGAAUGAAAGUCCAAACAGCUGAUAAAAACAUCACAAUAAUACACAAGUAAUUCACACCACUCCAUUAAAUCAUCGUCUUGUGAAGUGAAAAACUGUAUGCAUGUAAGAAACAAUUCCAUCAAGACAUUUUAUACUUCAAAUUGUUUAAUUUGACAAUAAAUGUAUUGACGUAAUUUGCCGUAAAGCCCUACAUAUAUUUCAGUUUUGAUGCAAACCCUUAACGCAAGCAACCUGAACAACAAGCUUUUGAAAGUAUACUCCACUAACUAAAGUAUGCACAGUUAAAAAAAAUUGGGUUACACACACAGGCUACAGAUUUAACCAUGCUAUGCUAAUCCUAAAAUUUGUCACAUGCAGCUUACAAUACCCUGGUGUACACAAAAAAAUGUAAAUAUACUUUGGGCUUAAUUAGUUUGCCCACAAAGAAACUGACAAGGUGAAAAAACAUCGUCAUACUUAAAGGGUUAGUUCACUCAAAAAUGAAAAUGAUCCUGUCUUUAACUCACCUUUGAAGCAUGCUAUGUGCAUGUGACAUAUCUUCUGUCAGACGAAUCCCAUCGGAGUUCUGUUAAAAAUUGAAAUUCAGGAAUGGGGGACUGCAUGAUUUUUAAUAGAACUGGCAGAAGAAAGUCACAAACAUCUAGGAUGCUUCAAAGGUGGGUAAAAACAGGAUCAUUGUCAUUUUGUGGAUGGAGUACUGAAAGAUGUAUACACUAAGCCUUUGCAUUAAAAGUAAAGCAUGCUCAGGUCAAAAGAGCCAUUUUAAAUUGGCUAUAGGAAGACAUCACAUCAAAGAGCUCUACUUUUAGUGUUGAAAAUGGCAGAAAUACUUGUAACGAUUGAUGCAAUGAUCUC